AUGCAGCACAACUCUGAAGUGAAGAUUGACAAAACUGCUUUACAUUACAAGUACUAUCUUGGUAAAACAACUGAAGAAUACACUAAGAUCAAAGGUACGAUAUUAUUUUCGAAAAUUUUUGUUUCGUAUUUGUAUGCACUCUUUCAGAAAACAAAUUUUUCAAGUGCGGUAAUGAAAUGCAAAUUUGAAGAUAAUUGUAAAGUGACUGAAAAAUGCGUGAUCAGGAUGCAAUUUUGGAAUUGUUUGGAAACUGACCGUGAAGAAUGUUAUGGUAUUAGAAAUUAUUGAAAAACAAUAGCUUUGUAUUGGAUUCGCACCACUGUACUGUUGAUUAGAGAGCAGAAAGUUUUGAAACAAGGUACGCGAGUUUCUAACAUUGCAUUGUAACAAUCGUUUCGUUCGGUCGUGUUUGUAUCCACUCUUUUUCAGAAAAAAAUAAUCUGAAUCGCUUAAUUGGGUUAUUGUGAAGAUUGAGAAUUAGUAAAACAUUACAAAAUAGAAGAUGCGGUUAUCUUUGAACGUUGGCGUUAUAUCCACGUGGAAAUCGAAAUUUGAAGAUUGAUUAGCACGAAACAUUGAAAUUUAAGAAAUUCUUGAAAAGAAAUAUUUUUAAAAAGAAAGGUACGCAGAUGGUUCUUUCAAAUGUUUUGUUCGUUCGUUCGUAUUUGUAUCCAUUCCUUUAGAAAAAUAUCCGAAUUGCAAUCAUGUAAUGACUAAUGACAAAGAAGUGCAGUCCUGUUCAUUAAAAAUGGAGCCGACUUGGAUGAAAUAUUUUGAUAGAGUAAGAGAGAGGAAAACAUUUAAAAAAGAUGGAGCCGAAAGGGUACGAUUAUCUUGCGAAAAAUAUUUCUUUUCCCGUUGUAUUUGUGUCCACUUCUUCAGAAAAUUCAGAGCUUUUCAAGUGCGUAAGCGAAAUGUAUGGAGCUCCACCAAAGUUCAGUAGGGAACAAGAAUGUACUAAAAAAAGAAGGUACGGAAGUUUUUUAACGAGUAUUUGUUUGUUCGUUCGCAUUUGUGUGUAUACUUUUUCAGAAAACGAAUAGAUUGCGACUGCGUCCGGUAAAUUGUGAAGUGUAAUUUUCAAGAAUUUAAAAAGAUAGAAGUCAAGAGACAAGGAUGUUUUGUGAGAGACAAGGAUUGUUUAGCGAUUUCCCACUAAAAAGAACAUCGAGUUGACAACAACCACAAAGAUCAUCCAGAAUCAAAACGUUUGUACACGGGUAAAUUUCGAAGGAUGUUUGUUUUUUGCCUUGUAAGUUGUAUAUCCAUUUCAGCAAACAAAGUUUUUCGUGUGCGAGUUUUGACCAUUGAAAUAUGGAGAAACAAUUGGUAGUGAAAAGGUACGAAAAUAUUUGGGGGAAAAAACAUUUAAAAAGGUAUGGAGUUCUGUUACUUGUGUUUUUCGUUUCCAUUUGUUCCAUCUUUCAGAUUCAAAAUACUUCACAGUUCCACUGGAAUGAAAUUUUCCGAAGGCAAAGAUUAAAAAAAACGAAGAAAACCAUGAGCGCAUUCGAAAAUACCAAAAAUAUAUUUUAUCAAAUUCAAACUGAAUUUUGAUGAUUGGAAACUAUCAAAACGUUCAACUUCUAGUGGAAAUAACGCAUGAGAUACUAAAGAGGUAUGCGGAUUGUUUUCUUUUCGUUCGUUUGCGUUUGCAUCCACUUUUUCAUAGCCUGUACACGCACGUCAAAUUCUAACUGGAAUGAAAAGUAGAUGAAUGGAAACUAUCAGAAUACCAGUGGAAAACACGUUUGAAAUAAAAAAGGUAUAAGGCUGUUUCUUUUUUCGUUGUGUUUACAUGCAGUUUUUCAGAGAGGAAGUUUAUCCAAUCCCGAGUGAGUGAAAUUUUGAAGAUUUAAAACAAUCGCAAGUCAACAUCCAGUGGGGGAAAAAAAACGCGUUCGAAGUACUGAACGGGUACGCGGAUGUUCGUUUCGUUUGUAUUUGCAUCCAGCCAUUUAGAAACGCGGUUAUCAAAUGCCGAAUGGAAUGAAAGUUUAAAGAUUGAAAUCAAUUUUGCCAACAUACAGUGGAAAAUAACAAACGUGGUUGAUUGACUAAAAAAAGGUACAACAAUGUUUUGAGAUUUUUUCUGUUCGUUGGUAUGUAUUUGCAUAAAAUCUUUUAGAAAUGGGUUUAAUUAAACAUUUAAUGGCAAACAGCAGACGCGGUUGAUCAACUAAAAAGGUACGCGGAUGGUUUUCUUUUGACAAGUUGGUUUGUGUUGGCAUCCAGUAUUUUAUAGCCUGUGUAGAGACAUCAAAUGAAAAGUAGAUGAAUAAAAACUGUGACUAUGGAAAACAACAAAUAUUUGAAAUGAAGGUAUGCGGCUGUUUAUGUUUUCGUUCGUUGUAUAUUUACAUGCAGUCUUUCAGAAACGGAGGUAUAUCAAAUCCCGAGUGAAAUGAAAUUUUGAAGAUUUAAAAUAAUCGCAAGCCACGUUAGAAAUGCUCCAUACGCGGAUGUCAGUCUUUUCUUUCGUUCGUAUUUGUAUUCGGUCUUUCAGAAAUGGCUUUAUCAAGUUGAAGUGCAAAAUGACAAAUCCAUGGUCAUGGAGUCUAGAAAGGUACGGCAACGUUUUCUUUUUAUAGUUCGUUUGUAUUUGCAUGAAAUCUUUUAGAAAUAGAUUUGAACAUUCACUGGAAAAUAACAGAAGCACUCGAUAAACUAAAAAGGUACGCGGUUGUUUUUCUUUUCGUUUGUUUGUGUUCGCAUCAAUUUUUUUUAGAAUUGGGUUUAAAAUUCAUUGACAUUGCAUUGGAAAACAGCAGACGUGAUUGAAUAAAAAUACGCGGAUGGUUUUCUUUCCCGUUUGUGUUUCCGUCCAGUCUUCAUAGCUUGUGUUGAGACGUCUAAUUCCAACUGAAGUGAAAAGGUAGAUGAAUGAGUAUUGAAUAUUACCAGAACAUUGACAUCCAGACUGUGAGAAACGAACACAUUUGAAAUACUGAAAGGUACGCGGCUAUUUUUCGUUUGUUCCUUGUAUUUACAUGCAGUCUUUCAGAGAGGAGUUAUCAUUGAUAUUCCGAGUGUGAUAUUCCGAGUGAAUUGAAAUUUCGAAGAUUGAAAGCAAUCGCAAGCCAACAUCCAGUGGCAGUGGAAAAAACAAAUGCAUUUGAAACAUUGAAAGCUACGUGGAUGUCCUUUUCGUUGGUUUGCGUUUUCCAUGCAUGCAAUCUUACAGAAAUGGCGUUGUCAAACUCAGCAGAUUAAGCGCGGUCGAUAAACCAAGACUCAAAAGGUACGCUGAAGUUUUUUUUCCGUUAGUUUGUUUUUGUGUACGAUCUUUUAGAAAUGGGUUUAUCGAAAUGCAAUUUUGGAGAUUGAAAACAAUUACAACGGCAAAUAUCGAGUGGAAAAUUUUAAACACUGGAAAGACGAAAGUAUGCGGAUGUUGUUCUCUUCGAGUCUAUCUAGCCUGUCCACAGACGUCUAA